UUGACAGUUCACUUUAUCGACACCAUAAAUGGAUCCCCUACCCUUCAGAGCUUGAACCCAUGUGCGCAGCAACUUUCUCAGGGUCACACGGGACAGUACAUCCAAGAAUGUUGGAAGGAAAUAUGUGAAGAGUUCAAUAUUGACAAAACUAAAAUCGUGUCUAUUACUACUGAUGGUGGAGCAAAUAUAGUGUCAGCGGUACGAUUAUUUUUAGGUGAUGAUCCCAGGAUUCCUUGCAUGGCUCACUGCUUAAACCUUGUAGUUGAUGGGGUACUCAGAGAAAUUAACGCAUUUUCAGUACUUUGCGAUCACGUCAAGCGAUUAUGA